CCGCCGCACAGCACCCACCAGACGCUCGCUCUCGACAGCCGCGACCAUGGGCAGACCGCAACGCCGCAGCAACAAGCCCCGGCAGGACCGCGACGCUGGCCCGCAGCAGGAGCGCACCGGCGCAUGGCGGCCCAUCGACCAGUCCAACGAGACGUUCGAGAACUUCUACAAGGCGCAGGGCAUCGUGCCCGACGACGAGUGGGCCGCCUUCUCCAAGUCGAUGCGCGAGCCUCUCCCGACCACGUUUCGCCUCACGAGCUCGCGCGCGACCGCCCCGGCCCUCCACGAGCACAUCAAGCAGGUCUACGUCCCGUACCUCACCGGCAUCGAGUUCGAGGGCACAAAGCUCGCGCCGCCAAAGCCCAUCGAGUGGUACCCGCAGCAGCUCGCGUGGCAGCUCCCCGUCCACAAGGCCGCGCUCCGCAAGGACCCGCACUUCCGCAAGUUUCAGCACUUUCUCGUGUACGAGACGGACGCCGGCAACCUGUCGCGCCAGGAGGCCGUCUCGAUGAUCCCGCCUCUGCUCCUCGACGUGCGGCCGGGCAUGACGGCGCUCGACAUGUGCGCCGCGCCGGGCAGCAAGAGCGUCCAGAUCCUCGAGGCGCUCCACGCUCCGAGGUUGGCGACCGACCCGACCGAGCAAGGGCUCCUCAUCGCCAACGACUCGGACGCCAAGCGCUGCCACCUCCUCGUGCACCAGUCGCUCCACCGCGUGCCCGGCACGGGCAUGAUGGUGACCAACCACGACGCGACUCAGCUCCCGUCGCUGCGCCUCGCCAAGGACGUCGCCGCCGCCGCCGCUGCCGAGGGCUCGUCGCGCCUCAAGUUCACGGUCGAGGACGAGAAGCGCGUCGCCAACCUGCCCAAGGACCGCCUCGCCAAGCAGUACGACGGCAUGCUCUUUGACCGCAUCCUCGCCGACGUCCCUUGCUCGGGCGACGGCACGAUGCGCAAGAACCUCGGCAUCUGGACCGACUGGACCGUCGGCAACGGCAUCGGCCUGCACUCGCUCCAGCUGCGCAUCCUCCUGCGCGGCAUCCAGCUCCUCAAGCCCGGUGGCCGCCUCGUCUACUCGACGUGCUCGAUGAACCCGAUGGAGAACGAGUCGGUCAUCAGCUCGGCCCUGUCGCUCUGCCCCGACAUGUCGAUCCUGCCCGUCACGGACGAGCUCCCCGCGCUCAAGCGCCGCCCGGGCAUGACGACCUGGCGCGUGCUCGACAACUCGCUCUCGGACGCGCCGCACCCGGCCUCGGCCGCCGCCGCCGCCGCCGAUGCCCCGCCGCCGCCCGACGCCGACGACGUCGUCGCCGUCGAGCAGGACAACGACAAGGGGCGCGACGGCGUGCGCAAGGGCGCCAAGGGCAAGGGCAAGAAGGAGAAGAAGCUCGACAGCAACGGGCGCAAGGUGUGGGACGAGUCGCUGUGGCCUCGCGGCGACGAGAAGCAGAAGGGCCUCGAGCACGCCCUGCGCCUGUACCCGCACCUGCAGGACACGGGCGCCUUCUUCGUGUGCGUGCUCGUCAAGAAGGGCGGCGACGAGCCCGUGCCCGCGCCCGCACCGGCGGUCGCGCCUGUCGUGCCCGAGGGCAAGGAGGAGGAGGAGCGCAAGGUUGAGGAGAAGGAGGCGCCUGCACCUGUGGCCGAGAAGCGCGAGCGCGCCGCGACGCCGACGCUCGUCGAGGGCGAGCCCGAGGCAAAGAAGGUGCGCCAGGACGCCGGCGAGGCAGCGACCAAGGACGCGAGUGCGGCCGCCCCGCAGGAGGCCAAGGCGGUCGAGAAGAAGGAGCCUGUCCUCGGUGGCGGCAAGCCCUUCAACGAGGAGCCGUACAUCUACCUCCCCGGUCUCGAGGACGACCAGGUCCGCCUCAUCAAGGACUUUUUCGGCAUCUCGGACGCUUUCCCGUUCAGCGAGCUCCUCGUGCGCAACGCGGCCGGCCAGCCGCUGCGGUCCAUCUACCUCACGUCGCUCCUCACGCGCAAGCUCCUCCUGUCCAACGCCUACUCGCGCAUGCGCCUCAUCUCGUGCGGCGUCAAGCUCUUUACGCGCCAGGACUCGAACGGCCAGUACGCGUGCAAGUGGCGCCUCAACGCCGAGGGCCUCGACGUCGUGCGGCCGUUCCUGAGCGACAAGCGCGUCAUCAAGGUCGGCGCCGACACGCUCCGGCAGGUCAUGGGCGCCGUCAGCGUCAAGUUUGAGGACCUCACGGAGGAGGGGCUCAAGGAGAGGCUCGAGGCGACCGAGCCGGGCAGCGCCGUCCUCCACGUCCAGGGCGCCAAGGGCAGCGACACCGACAAGGAGGAGGAUCUCUUCCUCGCGUUCUGGGUCAGCAAGACGAGCUGCAACCUCAUGGUCGAGAAGCUCGAGAAGUCUGCACUCUCGCUCCGGCUGUACGCCGAGGACGUCACGCCGCACAGCAAGGCCAAGAUGCAGGAGCGCGCGGCGGCCAAGAAGGACGUGGCGGCGUCGUCGGCGCCCGGGACGACGGGCGACAACACGCCGGCCGCGACGGACGUCGAGGGCGUCGAGGCGCAGGAGGCGGUCGACCAGGAGGACGGCGACAAGGUCAUGGCGGUCGAGGAGGCGGCAAAGGAGGAGGAGACGGGCGAGAUGGCCGCGACGGCCUGAGCGGGCGCUCUUGGGGCCGUUGAUGGGCGACGGGCGUGCAUUGCAGGUGCUCUUUCCUGUG